AGUAUAUGUGUUGAAAAUAUAUCUAUAUCAAAGUAAAACUGUUAAGUUUUAAAAGGAGAAUUACAGAAAAUCCUUAUAAGAAUGAUAUUAACAAUUAUUUUUAUAAUAUAUACAGUCAUAAAAACACGACGAGAACCAGCAUGUAAAGCAUAUAUACGUAAAAUUUCCAAAAAAUUUAUGAAUCAUUGUUCUGUUCUGUUUACUCCUAUGAUAUAUAGAGAUCCAAGAAUUCAUAAUUGGAUAGGAGAUAAUUUGAUUUCGCCCAUGAGUAAUAACAAACAUGAUGCUGAACUUCAUAUGGCAGUAACGUUUGAUUCUAUAAUAGGGAUGUAUGGUAUAUUUCCACGACAAGAAAUAUUUAUAUCAAAUUGGCUGAGGUAUAAAGAUAAGAGUUCACUCUUUCCUUUGAUGAAAGGUCAGAACUGUCGGAUUUCAAGCAAAGCUGAUGAGCGUCUAUAUGUUGUUAUCGAUACUGCUAUUGAUUCUUAUUACGAGAAUAGUCCAAAAUACUGUAUAAAAAUUGAAGAUUAUGGUCAAAUUAAGGCAUGGAUAGCAAAGAUAGAUUCAGAUGAUCUACAUUUACUUUUAGAUACAGAUAUUGAUCAUUUUGCAGCUUUAGGUACUAUGUUUAUACAGGGACAACAUCAAAUUAACAAUGGUUUAUUUAUAAAACGUAUACAAUCUGUUGUAGUAACAGGAGAACCAUGCAUUUAUGAGGGAUAUAAAGAAUCAACAUACCCUCCAUCACAGCAUAGAAACGCUCUUAAUGUAUUUAGUAACGCAGCUUUAAAAGCUGUGAGUUGGAAUAAACCUGUAGAGGUUACUGAUUAUUCUGGUGUGUUUGUAUAUCCACAAAAAGGCUCAGCUAUUUUGAAAGGAGAAAAAAGAUUAAAUAUAGAUUUCGAAGCUCUGGAAAUUCAAAAGAAACUCGAUCAAAUGCUAUCGUUCGCAAUAACACCAGUUAAUACAACUCAUAAACUAAAGGAAGAAGAAACUUCUAAAAUUUACGAAAAAGGAGAAGACAUUAUAAGUAAACCUCCAAAUGUACUUAUUUAUGCAGAUACUGCAGAUACAGCCGAAAAUAUAAAAUCUCUAUUAACUAAGAUACUAGAUCCAGAGAGAUAUACCAUAUAUUACUUAACACCAUUAGAUGCUCCAAAAAACAAUUGGGUAAAUCAGGUUGCUUUGGUUGUCGUUUGUGGUAAUAUUUUAAACAAUGCUGCUGAUCGAAUUCUAGAAUACAUUAUACACGGUGGUAAAGUUUUAGCAUUAUGCUCCAACAUGCUAUAUAUUUUGCUGCCAUCAUUCAAGACUGCAGAAAUGCGUGAGAAUGAACUUGUUUGUUUAUCAUAUGGAAAAUGGAAGCGUGUGCAUAUGAUGCAUGAUAUUACUUGCUACCAAGCAUCUCCAAGGCGAAAUCAAUUUCAAGAUUUCGAAGAUAGAAGGAGAUUUUUAUCAAAAGUUCCACAGUCAGCUGAUUAUGAAGAUAAACAAGGAAAAUCACAUGUGUUUGAUGUGAAAAUAUUGGGUGAAGAGGAAACAUGGCAAAAUCCAAGUAUAUUACUCGCAACUUUAGCUAACAGUGACGGUAAAAUAGUGUUCUCUCAGGUCCAUUUAGAGAAAGAUCCAAAGGAAUACGAAAACGAAGAGGAUUUAUUUAAAACGCUCAAAAAGAGUAAUGCUGCGCGUUUAGAAAUAAUCACUGAUCUAUUGAGUACUCAUCUAGGAAUGGAGAUAAAUCAUGCUAUUGAAACACCUAUAGCGUAUACUCCAGCUUAUCUUCUAAGCAAAACUGAAAAUUUCAAGAUAGAACUGCUAAAGAACUUAUCAAAUCUGACAGAGGAUUACAUAUUACAACAGUCAAGUUUGAAGAUGCAAUUUUUCACAAAUAUAGAAGAAAUAUCAAAAAUUGCAUCAGAAGAUUUCUUGCCCAUUAUAAUGAAUGAUAAAGCUCGUCCGUUUAAUUUCUCGUCUACACAGUACUAUCAAACUCUUCAGACAAAGAAAUUAGGUCAAUUAAUAAUAUACUCCGAUAUCUUAACAACUACUAUGAAUGUAAUAGAAGGCAUUGUGACACAUGGAUUGGCGGUUAUUACACGACAACAAACACAAGGACGAGGACGAUGUUUCAAUAAAUGGAUUAGUCCAGUUGGUAGUGUUUUGUUUACUGUGCAAAUUCAUGUUCCUAUAAAUUCGAUCCUUGGUAGACAAAUAUCGAUUCUACAACAUAUUGUCGCUGUAGCAAUGAUAUCAGCUAUAAGAUCUACUCCAGGAUACAAAAAUAUUAAUCUUAGAAUAAAAUGGCCUAACGAUAUAUAUAUCGGUACAUCGAUUAAGAUUGGUGGCUUGAUAGUGCGUACACAUAUGAAUGCUUCAAAUUAUAUUUGCAAUAUUGGUGCUGGUAUAAAUCUCUCUAAUAGCAAGCCUACAAUAUGUAUUAAUGAUGUAAUUUCCCAAUAUAAUGAAAAAUAUAAGGUCAAUUUGGAAAAGUUCUCUUAUGAAAAAUACAUGGCGCUUGUAUUUAAUCAAUUGGAAUAUCUGUUAGAUUGUGUAGAAAGAAAUAAUAUAAAACAUUUUUAUUCUCUAUAUUACCAAUACUGGUUGCAUAAAAAUGCAACUGUUACUGUGAUACAGCCAAAUGGAGAGCCCAUGGAAGCUACAAUAUUAAGUAUUGAUGAUUUUGGACAUUUGAAAGUCUAUUCAUCCUUAUAUGAUACAGAUAUAACUGUACAUCCAGAUAGCAAUAGUUUCGAUCUUCUUAAGGGACUAAUAAUACCAUUGGUCUUCCAAAAAGUCCUGGAACGCUAAAAUAUCUCGAAAACGAACUAUAAUGAAAAAUAUGUAAGAAACAAAAUUAUAGAAUAAAACUAAAUAAAAUGUAUCUAAUGAUGAUAAGAAUUUGACCUUGGAUGAAGUGCUCAAGGUCAUAUAAAGGUCAAGUUGAUUUUUUUAAAUGAAACUUCCCAUUUUUUAUUGCAUAUGCUUAUAGCUUAUCUCGAGGGGGAUUGUCCGAUUAGACACAGUCAAUCAUAUCGACCGAUGCCUAGGGUAACCAGCAUGAUCAAGUACGAUUAGCCAAUUAAAGCUAGUUAUGUCCAAUUGUACUGUGUCUAAUCGGAGGUAUCUCUAUCUCGAGAACUUUCCAAAACACUAUAAUUAAGUUAGUUUUCAUUGUUAAUUGAAAAUUACAUAUUUUUUCUUCGAAACAAUUAU